UUGCAUUUCAUUUUCUGCAAAACUUCUGGGAAAAGCUUUACCGUUUGCUUUCUGCGCGUGAACUACUGCAUCAUUUGGGGAUUUUCACAUCAAGCGUUUGAAACUGAAAUCAGGUAAUGUAUACGAACUUCUGAUUUUGAGUUAAUCGAAGUGUCUCUCUCAUUUCUCCCUUUCUGUGGUUGAUUUAGAGUCCUUUGAAGGAAGUUAGGGUUAGAAGUGAGAAGGAUUUGGAAUGUGCAAAAGAGGGGUUUUUUUUUAAAGGGAUCCUGACUUAUUCCUCCCCCUUACUUCGUGUAGAGUUUGAAAAAAUGUCUUCAGAAGAAACAAUAAGUAUAGUAGGGAGUGAGGUGAUGCCCUUGGACUAUGGGAGCAUGAACUCGGAGAGUAGUCCAUCUCCAUCUAGUUCGGAGAAAACGGUGGAGGGGGUAAGAGGAGAUGAGGUGGUGGGGGUUGGGGGGAAUGAGGUGGUAGAGGUUGCUGGGGGACGGUUAUUUCGAGACCAGGAAUUUGAGAGGUAUUCAGGUGCACGGACGUCUACCAUACCUGCUGUGCAACUCAUCAUAAGGAAUCAGUCCGAGACUUGGCACCUCGGACUUGUCCUUGACUUGGCACCUCGGACUUGUCCUUACAAGAGUAGAGACAAAAAUGAGAAAGGGAAAGAAUCCAUUGGUAUUGGUGUUGAUGUCGGUGCUGGAGAACAAAGAAAAGAACAAAAAUGGCAGAGGGAUGGGGGUUGAAGAUAGAGGGAGGGUUAAUAUUAUAAUUGUAUUUUUUUUUCUAUUAAAUUUAUUGAAAUUAC